AUGGCAGCUGUUUGGAUGCUGAUCUGUGUGCUGACUGUUUGUCUGGCCAGAGUCUGUUGUUUUCCAGCUGGAGAAAAUAAGCUGCAGAGGAGCUUGAGAGAUCUGUCUCCCAAUGAGAUCUCCUUACAGAAAGCCUUUGCACUCCUCCAGUCGAUGGAUUCCAUUUUGGACCACAGCGCUAGAGAAGUUCAACUGGAAACCAAUGAAGUGGAAGCUGAGGCGUCUAAGCUCCAGCACCCUGAACACCAGCCCCAGAGCGCCAACAAGACGGACAGCGUCCAGAACCGGGCCGGCAUCAUGGACACCGCCAUGGAGGGGGGCGUCCAGGACCGGGUCCGCCUGGACAACGGCACGACGGAGGGGGUCCAGCAGAACCUGAUCCGCCUGGACAACGGCACGACUGAGGGGGUCCAGCAGAACCUGGUCCGCCUGGACAACGGCACGACGGAGGGGGUCCAGCAGAACCUGGUCCGCCUGGACAACGGCACAAAUGUGGGGGUCCAGCAGAACCUUAUCCGCCUGGACAACGGCACGACUGAGGGGGACCAGCAGAACCUGGUCUGCCUGGACAACAGCACAACGGAGGGCGUGAACCUGGUCCGCCUGGACAAUGGCACAAAUGUUGGGGUCCAGCCAAACCUGGUCCGCCUGGACAACAGCACAACGGAGGGCGUGAACCUGGUCCGCCUUGACAACAGCACGACGGAGGGGGUCCAGCCGAACCAGGUCCGCCUGGACAACAGCACAACGGAGGGCGUGAACCUGGUCCGCCUUGACAACAGCACGACGGAGGGGGUCCAGCCGAACCAGGUCCGCCUGGACAACAGCACAACGGAGGGCGUGAACCUGGUCCGCCUUGACAACAGCACGACGGAGGGGGUCCAGCCGAACCUGGUCCGCCUGGACAACGGCACAAAUGUGGGGGUCCAGCCAAACCUGGUCCGCCUUGACAACAGCACGACGGAGGGGGUCCAGCCGAACCAGGUCCGCCUGGACAACAGCACAACGGAGGGCGUGAACCUGGUCCGCCUUGACAACAGCACGACGGAGGGGGUCCAGCCGAACCAGGUCCGCCUGGACAACAGCACAACGGAGGGCGUGAACCUGGUCCGCCUUGACAACAGCACGACGGAGGGGGUCCAGCCGAACCUGGUCCGCCUUGACAACAGCACGACGGAGGGGGUCCAGCCGAACCUGGUCCGCCUGGACAAUGGCACAAAUGUUGGGGUCCAGCCAAACCUGGUCCGCCUGGACAACGGCACAACGGAGGGCGUGAACCUGGUCCGCCUUGACAACAGCACGACGGAGGGGGUCCAGCCGAACCUGGUCCGCCUGGACAACGGCACAAAUGUGGGGGUCCAGCCAAACCUGGUCCGCCUUGACAACAGCACUACGGAGGGGGUCCAGCCAAACCUGGUCCGCCUGGACAAUGGCACAACGGAGGGCGUGAACCUGGUCCGCCUUGACAACAGCACGACUGAGGGGGUCCAGCCGAACCUGGUCCGCCUGGACAACGGCACAACUGAGGGGGUCCAGCCGAACCUGGUCCGCCUGGACAACGGCACGACGGGGGGCGUGAAUCUGGUCCGCCUGGACAACGGCACGACUGAGGGGGUCCAGCAGAACCUGGUCCGCCUGGACAACGGCACAGCUGAGGGGGUCCAGCCGAACCUGGUCCGCCUGGACAACGGCACGACGGGGGGCGUGAACCUGGUCCGCCUGGACAACGGCACAGCUGAGGGGGUCCAGCCGAACCUGGUCCGCCUGGACAACGGCACGACGGGGGGCGUGAACCUGGUCCGCCUGGACAACGGCACGAUGGAGGGGGUCCAGCAGAACCUGGUCCGCCUGGACAACGGCACGACGGAGGGGGUUCAGCAGAACCUGGUCCGCCUGGACAACGGCACGACGGGGGGCGUGAACCUGGUCCGCCUGGACAACGGCACAGCUGAGGGGGUCCAGCCGAACCUGGUCCGCCUGGACAACGGCACGACGGGGGGCGUGAACCUGGUCCGCCUGGACAACGGCACGAUGGAGGGGGUCCAGCAGAACCUGGUCCGCCUGGACAACGGCACGACGGAGGGGGUUCAGCAGAACCUGGUCCGCCUGGACAACGGCACGACGGGGGGCGUGAACCUGGUCCGCCUGGACAACGGCACGACUGAGGGAGUCCAGCCGAACCUGGUCCGCCUGGACAACGGCACGACGGGGGGCGUGAACCUGGUCCGCCUGGACAACGGCACGAUGGAGGGGGUCCAGCAGAACCUGGUCCGCCUGGACAACGGCACGACGGAGGGGGUUCAGCAGAACCUGGUCCGCCUGGACAACGGCACGACGGGGGGCGUGAACCUGGUCCGCCUGGACAACGGCACGACUGAGGGAGUCCAGCCGAACCUGGUCCGCCUGGACAACGGCACGACGGGGGGCGUGAACCUGGUCCGCCUGGACAACGGCACAGCUGAGGGGGUCCAGCCGAACCUGGUCAGAGAGGCCAGAGAGACCAACCUGCUUUUGUCUGUGCCGUAA